CAUAACAACCGCAAAGGUCCGUGGGAAAGCAAGAAAUGCGGGAACUGGCGUAUCGAAAGAGAGAGUGAAAAAUUAGGUAAUGUCCAUGAAGAGCCUGAGGGUGAGGCGUGUGUUCCUGUUCUCAGGACUUUCAGAUGAUGUCCGUGAAGACCUGGCCAGAAAAGUGGCUCAGCUGGGAGGCGUCUACCUUAAGGAUCAGGAGUUUAAGCCAAACUGCACCCAUGUUAUCUGUGGCAAGUUGUCCAGAGGGGAGAAGUUUCUGGGGGCCUGUGCUAUGGGUAAAUGGAUCUUGGUGCCAGAUUACGUGACAUCAAGUGCAAAGGCCAAAGAAUGGUUGAGUGAAGAGCUGUAUGAAUGGGGUCCUAGGUGGGCCAAAAAGGGAGACUACUCAGAGGAAAUGCUGUCUGCACCCUCAAAGUGGAGACACCAUCAUACAGAGACGAAACAAGGAGCGUUUGCUGGCUGGAAAGUUUCCCUGUUGGUGGAGAGUGCCAAACGGAAGACUGUUUAUAGACGGCUGUUACUUGAUGGUGGUGGGAAGGUGUACAAGUUACCUCCGCUUCCUACUGCUGCCCACAACCUGUCCCGCGUCCUCACCCAUGUGUUUGUACAGCCUGAUGACAACGAUGCCCUUAUGAAUCUGCUGAAGGAAGGAUUCCAUUGUUACUCCCCUAACUACAUCGGAGACUACCUUAUCAAGGGGCCGACAGGAGCAUCCCCAGUAACAUCUGACAAAGAGUGUGGCGUAAAGCCUGGACGGCACGAUAUACGGUGUCGAAGUACAUACUCAGCAGGAACAAAAGAAACGACAAAAUGUGGCAAACAAUUAAGAAGUAUUGUCAAAGAGGAAGUGGGAGAACCCAUAGGGACAAAGAGGCGUGGCGUAAGGGGAGUAGCUAAAGGUGAAUUGAGUCAGAGGUCGAUGGAUCAGUAUUGCAUCAGUUCUCCACGACCGGGCUCGCAGCAGUCGUGUCUGAGCUCGUCCCAGGGAAGUUAUGACAGCACCCCAACUCAGUCUCAGUUCUCCUCUCCUCAGCCAUCCAAACAGUCAAAGGGUUGCUGUAGCCCCAGUCUGCUAAAUCCUGCAGGUGUCAGUGUGAGGUGGUUUCAGUGCACAUCAGAAGCAGAGCCCAGUACCAAACAGACAAGCGACAAGUGCUCUGAUGUUUUUACGUCGCAUGACGAUGAUGACAUCGUGUUCUUGAAGGUAGUUCCUGCAAAAAGUAGUGCCAGUGGGAUGAAUUCCUUGGCCGUCAGCACGCAGUUGUCUCCCCUGGCAAGGGCAACCACCAUCAGCCAAGAGAAUAGUCAAUUAAGAAGCCGGGACAGUGACAGAAAACACAGGUGUUCUGUCUUGGACAGUGAUCUCUGCGUCAUUAACAGAGAGAAGUUCGCCAUUGACACCUCAGACUGUCUAGGGUCCAGCUUUCAAGACUUGACGUCCGUUAUGUUUCAAAGAGUCCUGCAACGCCCAACAUCAGAAGUAAGUGAAUCUUCCAUGAAAGCAGUCGCUGGAUCGUCAACUGCUGCCAGUGUCAGCUCUCUGUCAGAGUUCUCCUCAAGGAUGUUCAGCUCUGUAUCAGUGUACAGUAACCAGAGUGGAUCUCUUAAUGCUAACAACACUGUGAAACUCCGGCGUUCAUCCAGAAUGGCUGCAAGGUCUUCCCGUUAUUCCGCAUCUUCCAGCAACAGUCGUAGCCCUUUGAAGCAAUUUUCCACCACCUGUGAUGAUGAUAAAAUGCCAGUCUGUAAGAAAAAAUCAACAGUCAAGUUAGAACCAGAGACAUCUUCUUUGAGUAAAUCACAGCCAGGUUCAAGUCCUCUGACUUCCAGGAGAUGUUGUCUCCCCUUGGAUCAGAAAUCGUCCUGCAUGCAGGAAAUUUCAUCGAAUUGUAGGGGAAGUACUGAACGUAAGUCUGAUUCAUCAAAUCAUGGUGGAGACUCAUUACCAGAUGUUGAGCUUUUGGGCGUCAGAGUAACAAGGUCUUCUCACAGAAGCCAGUUGUCAUGCAUGUCAGAUGAGCACCUCCAGUAUCCAGUAUCAUCAGGUUUGAUACCCACACGAUCAAGUUGUUGUUUUCUUGCGACAGAAUCCCAAUUCAACCAAGAAAUGACUUCUCACUCUUCUGAAGAGUUCACGUAUUUGUCAAAUAUUUGCCGAGACUCAAGUAGCAUGAGUGACAGAAAGGGCACGUCUGACUUGACAACUUCCACCACAUCCCCAUCUUGUUUCUACAACAAGAACAACAGCAAAAGUGGGUCAGAGACAAAUGGAGCUAUGCUGAUUUUGUCCAGUCCAUGUCGCAGGUCACCACGGAAUUCAUCAAGCAUCGCUUCAUCAGGAACAGUUAGCACAGAGAUUAAAGAGAAACUGUUUACAGAGCAGUCCAGGUCAGAAGUUGACAUUUCAGCUUCCACUGUUGUGGAAAAUCCUCGGAUUUGCUCUAAAACUGCAAAUCCAUGUUUACCUGUAGGCCUUCCAUCAACUGAGAGGACCCAUGUAUCCCAUGUACAAGUCAAGACAUCAGCCACAUCAUCGAAAACCUCUUCUUGUCAGACCCUCUCUAGCCCAUGUGAUAAUCUCGCAGUAAAACCUGUCAAGAGGAAGACCUUCAGAGACCUUGAUUUGGAUGAUGUCUUUGGCAGUAGAAGGAAAAAGGCUAAACGUGAUCCAAAUUUGUGGCAGCCAUCGGUAUUUGGAGUGCGCUGUAAACAAGCUCUUCAUCCCCCCAAUGACAGCACAAAGAAAAGGUGCUUGAACACAUCUGUUUCCAUGCCAAUGACUGAUGCCUCGCUGGGGAUUAUUGAGACUUGCCUGGAGGGUAACUACGUCAUAUCUGCACUGGAUAUUCUUUCAUCCAACACAUCCAGUAAAAUAUACCCUCCGCCCCAUAUGCUGCACAGGAUCAUGACGUUGAUGCUUAGGGUGAGACUUAUCUCCGCUCCUCUGUGA